AUGUCUCCAGUUUUGGCCAAAGUGCUGAUGGCAGAAUUUGUUUUGGGUUUGAUCAGCAAUGGGCUGGUUCUUUGGGUCUUUUGCUUCCGAAUUCCUUCCUGGAACACAAGCACCUUGUACCUCUUCAAUGUGUCCCUAGCUGAUUUCUUGCUCAUUGUCUGCCUUCCCUUUCGGGCCCUAUAUUUUCAUCAGGGAAAAGAUUGGCAUUUAGGGGACAUACCCUGUAGAAUGAUGCUGUUCAUGGUUUCCCUUAACAGAGCUGGAAGCAUCUUUUUUUUGACAGUGGUAGUAGGUGACAGAUACUUCAAAGUUGUCCACCCUUACAACAAGAUAAACCUGAUGCCAACUAUUCCCUGGGGUGUUGGAUUUGCCUUUUUGAUGUGGAGCGCUACACUAGGCUCCACUACCUAUAUCCUUACACAGUCCCACCUGCAAACAGAUGAAAUAAUUAACAAAACACUGUGUGAGAGUUUUAAACUGAAUGAGGGGGACAGUGCCUUUAAUACUUGGCAUAAUGUGUUUUUUGUGUCUGAAUUUUUCAUUCCUUUGGUUAUUAUAUCACUGUGCACAUCAUCUAUUAUAAGACAUCUUAGAAGACACAAGGACAAGCAAGGCAAGAUUCAGAGAACUAUUAGGUCUAUGAUAUUCCUCACAUUUGUUUUCAUCAUUUGUUUCCUCCCUAGUACAGUAGCCACCAUCAUGGUUACUGUUGCAAAAAACCUCAGACACUGUGAAUUAUAUGAGAUUUCUGGUCUUGUGUUUGGAGCUUCACUCUCACUAACUUACCUUAACAGCGUGCUUAACCCUUUAGUCAUUUAUAUUUCUAGUCCCAUGGUUCAAGCUGUAUUAAACAUACACAACAUAUACAAAUGUGUGAGGAAAAAAUCAGAGGAGGCUCACAUAACUGUACAGCAAAUCACAAGCAAGUGA